CGAAAUUCCCCCUUGUGGGACGUGCCGGUUGGAGAACCCUUUCGAAAGCCGAUUGUGGCAUCGCACGCUACAUUACAGUACCAGGUACUUGUAAGUAUCGUACGCAAACUGGUACGGUACGAAAACGGAACCCGGCUACUGUUGUUACGAACGAACAACAAACACGCAAAGUGGGAAUUUCUCAGUAUCAUUGCAUACCAAAACACCUGUCCAGAGGCAAGCACAUCCAUCCUCGCCAGCUUGGUAUAGAUUGUUUAGAAAGACCGCGUUCAAUAUGACUCAAUCCAUGAGGGCAAUUGCGCUGCUGCUCGUGUUCGGGAUCGUCGCCACGAUCGUCCAGGGCUACCGGGCACCCUCGUCAUUGUUGUCGCAAUCGGCGGCGACGAAUGCGAAUGCGAACGCCGUUGUCGGUGGUGCGUCGCCGAAGCUCUCGCCGCUCAUGCGCUCGGUCAUGAACAUUCGUGGCGGAGACGAGGAGGAGGAAGAGAGCGAUGGCGAAGAAGAAGAAGAGAGCGACGACGACGAGGAAACCGGCUUGUCGUCGUCGGGAUCGGGGAUUGACUACGUGGCCGUCUUGGAAAAAGCACUGGACGUGACCAAGACCAAAAUCGUGCCGACCGUCAUCGAUUAUUCCAAGAAGGGCUUUCUGGCAGCCAAGAAAACAUCCAUCGUCGUUUACGGAGCCCUACACAGAGCCAUUCAAGCGGGAUUGGAAGGAGAGGAGUCGGAAGAAAGCGACGACGAGGAUGACAGCGACAGCGACGACGAAGGAGAAGAAGCGACGCUGGUGGAGAAGAUCUUGACCAUGACGAAGAAGACAGUGAAGACCGUGCAACGCAUGGUGAAAGCAGCACUGACGGUGCCCGAGGGCGACGAAACCAGCGAGGACGAGGACGAGGAAACUAUCGAUCUGGAGGAAGGCGAGGACGAUGCGAUCGACACCACGGAGGAAGGAACCGAAGAGGGCGCAGCGACCGGACCCGAAGAAACACCGGCUGCCAAAGACGGCAACGACGACGAAGCGGCGGUGAAUGACAAUGACUUUGGAUCGUAUCUCUCGGAAGCAUACGAGGUAGACGACCUGCGCAACAGCGGAAAAUCGCCGGGAACCGUCAUUCUGGACGGUUCCCUCCAAGAUGCACUGGAAACGGCUCGGAAGCAGGCGCGCAUGCUUCUGGUAUUCAUUCCCUCGGAAAAGCCCAAGUCGGAACAGGGAGGACUGUCUUUGUUUGGUGGUGGCCGAAAGGGCACCGAGGAAUCCGAGCAAAACAAUCUCGUGGCGAUCGAGAGUUUGUUGAGCAAAGAGGUCGCAAAGGCUUCCAACAGAAAAGCACGCAAAAUGCAAGCCGAAGACUUUGGUUCGUUUGCCAUUUGGGGCACCAAGGCGGGUUCCUCCGAAGCCGCGGUCGCCAUCAAGCGACUAAAAGUCAAGGAAAUCUCGGCCAAGGGAGAGAAACGAGCUAUUCUGUGCGUCGUCUAUCCUGCCAGCAGCGGUGGUGUUGUGAGUAUCGAUUCGAGUUCGCGCCCGUUGGUGUCGUGAGAACGAUGCCAAAGUGUCGUUGUUUGUAUUUCACUCGUUCUUUGCGCGUUUGCAACCGCACGUACGGUUCUUUCGAAUGUAUCGUUUGCUCACCGAGUUCUGUGGUUCCUUUCUUUUUCAGAUUGCCCCCAAGGUUCUGGCACAACACCAUUGCAAUCCACCUCUCAAGGCAGAGUCCAUGGCAUCCUGGAUGAAUGCACUCCGCAAGCGACACGGAAAGCAAUACGAAGUUAUGCAAACAGAGUUUACAGAACUUCAACUGUACAAGGAACGGAAGGAAGGCUACAUAGACAGCGUCCAGAGUGACAACCAACGCAAGGCCAAGGAAGCGCAGGAAGAAGCAGAGCGAAAGGCCAAGGAAGUCAAGGAAGCGGCGCGACAAGCCGAAAUCGACGCCMGGCGCCAGGAACUCGAACAAUCACUGCCCGAGGACAUCAAGAGCGGGAGCAAUGUCAAGAAGAUCGCGCUGCGAUUCCCCGACGGGCGAACAGGACAGCGCGGCUUUGCGUCGGAUCAGCCCCUGACCGUCCUCUUCAAUUGGGUAGACGCAAUGUUCGAGAUCGAGCGCGAAACGGUGGUCCUGACGACACUGAACGGCAAGCAAACAUUUUCGUGGGAAGGCGACGAGAACACCACGACGUUAGAGGAUGCCGGAUUGAACAAAAUGACGGCGUUCCGGGUUUCUCAGGCUGCCAAAGCCGACUAAACGAGUGGAUAGCAAAAAUUCUCGAUGUUAAAUGGAUAUUAAAUGGGUUACUGGAAGAUGAUCUCGUCUCCUGAAAGCCCUCUUUUUUUGGUUUGUCGUUUUGUUGUAUAUCGUGUGUCACACAUAUUGUCAAUAUUAGUUUCAGGGACUGUUUUUAUACUCUUAUGGUGUGGUCCGAAAUAAUAUUUACAAACAGGGUGUUUGGGGUAUGUGUUCGCGCGUUGAAUCAAGCGCUGAGAUAGAU